AUGAAAAAUAAUAGAAAAAAAAUUAAUAAUUUAUACAAUGUUAUAAACAAUAAAAACAUUAGUUUUACCAGUAAGACAAUUUUAAAUAAUUUAUUUAUAAAAUUUACAUUUAAAACGAAAAAAAAUUAUAAAAAUGUUAUAUCUAAAAAUUUUAAAUAUUUAAGAGUUUUAAAUUUAAAAUAA